UACUUGCAGGGAAGGAAGAUCAGUGAAAGGAAAGAGAUUAUAUCCAUUUUGAUUAAAACUCUUUUGGUCGCCGCAUAAUCCAUUGAAUUAUCCACGCUCAGCCGCCAACUGUUUCUUCAUAGAUUAAACUUGCAGCCUCUUUUUCGCCCCCUGCUGGUCACAUGGGGGCCAACAACUAUGUGAUCAACACUCAUACGAUCAGAUCUUUCUCCUUCAAACCAGCCUGACUGUGAUUCAAUCACGAGGCCCUUUAAAAAUUAUAACUGAAUUUCAUGAACAUGGGUUCCUCGCAGGAUCCCAGUCUAAUGUCAAAAACUGUUGAAAAAACCUCAUUAAUGGCAGAGAAUGAGGGAGCCAUUAAAGGGCUCUUUUUGGACCUGCCACUUUACAUGAAGGAGCUCAUUGCCGGAGGGGCUUCCGGUGCGGUUGCAAAAACAGCCGUGGCGCCCUUUGAGCGCAUUAAAAUUUUAUUUCAGACGAGGCGCGGAGAAUUUCAAUCACUGGGUAUAUGGAAAUCUUUUGGAAGGAUACUUCAGACCGAGGGCAUUGGUGGCCUUUACAGAGGAAACGGGGCUAGUGUUGCUAGAAUUGUCCCAUAUGCUGCUCUGCAUUUUAUGACAUAUGAACAAUACCGCCGCUGGAUCAUUAACUAUUAUCCUGGUGUUGGGACUGGUCCAAUUGUUGAUCUCUUGGCAGGUUCCUUGUCAGGAGGAACAGCAGUUAUGUGCACAUAUCCACUGGAUUUAGCUCGUACCAGGCUAGCAUAUCAGUUGACAGGAUCAUACAAAACACAUGUGGAUAAGAAAUUAAGGCAUGCUCAUUUUCAGCCAGCCUACAAAGGGAUGGUGGAUGUGUUUGCAAAUGUCUACAGGGAGAGUGGCUUACGCGGUCUCUACCGUGGAGUAGUUCCUUCUCUCUAUGGAAUUUUUCCAUAUGCGGGAUUAAAGUUCUAUGUGUUUGAGGAGCUGAAGAGACAUAUUCCUAAUGAGCAUGAAAAAUCUGUCUUGGCAAAGCUUGCUUGCGGAGCCUUGGCUGGUUUGAUGGGUCAGACAAUCACAUAUCCUCUGGAUGUCGUUAGACGACAGAUGCAGGUACAAACAUUAGCUGUCACCAAAGAUAGUGCCUCUUCUGUUCGGUCAAUGGAAAAUGAAUUCAAGGGAACAUGGGAUGGAUUGAUUACCAUUGUUCAAAGACAAGGUUGGAAGCAAUUGUUUUCUGGACUGAGCAUCAACUAUGUAAAGGUUGUUCCUACAGUAGCAAUUGGAUUUGCUGCUUAUGAUGGCAUGAAAUCUUUUCUUGGAAUUCCAUCUCGAGAAAAUGCUCAUAGUGGAAUUAAAGAAUAAGAGACUAUGCAAAGUCUCUUGUAUUUCAUUACCUUGACAAGGUCAUUCACUUGCUAUGUCUGGUCCAAUGAUUUUUGGAGAUGAUAUACUGUGCCUGACUACAAUCAGUCUGGAGAAAUGGGUUAUUGAGAUUGGACACUUGGCAAAAGAAAGGAUGCACCGAUAUGGAAGGUUACACUGACAAUAGCAAUGAUUCAAUUGAAGAAAUAUCUUACCACUCAUCCCUGUUCCUUUUGUUUUGUUAUAUCUUCAUUUUUUAAUUCUUUACACAGUUGUAAUCUUUAUCUAUGUGAACCAUAAACUGUAGGUUUCUUUGUGUAUAGCAUUUAAAAUAUCCUCAAACGGGGUAUUAUUCAUAUUCAAUUGUAAAACGAUUACUUGAUAAAAAAGAUUUGAAUGCAUUUUGUUAUUUUGCAGCAA